ACGGCCUUAGAGCGCAAGGAUGACACAAUAUAAGACAGGACACAUCCAUAAGGGAUAAAAAUAACAAAGCAUAUAUACAGUGGGCCAUAGGCAGCGUGGUGUCCGGAUGAUGUCACCUUUCUACUCUUGCUCUGGUCACCAUGACGACAGGUUACACAGGAGGAACAGACAGGAAAUGAACAACUUUGGGGUCAGAUUUACUAUCAUCCUGAUCUUCCUCAGAGUCUAUAUAACUGCAGGGAACAGAACAAUAGAUAAAUAUGAGGAUCAUCAACCUACAUAUCAAAUAAAUGGAUCUACAGUAAUGUCCCAUCACCAUCUGGUGAAAAGAUGCUGGAAUUCAGUGAUCCCAGGACGUCCAACUCUGGCGAAAGUUGUUGUAGCUGGAUCGUUCUUCAUAGUCACAGCUUUAGGAAUCGGAUUGUUUUGCUUCUGUUGCACCUACUGCAAACAUCACGAAGAAUUUCUAGAGAUUACGAAUGAUCUGUUAACAGGAAGACGAUGCUUUCAACCCCAGCUGGAAGACAUAGAGAAGGGUUUCUCACUAAAGAGUAUAUCCAAUCCAGCUUCUUUUAUGAAAAAACUUUUCCAAAGCAAGAUGGGGAGAAGAAAAAAGGAGGAGGUUGUGGUGGAGGAGGAAGAGGCCAAGGAGGAGGAGGUGGCCGAGGAGGAGGAGGCGGCCGAGGAGGAGGAGGCAGCCGAAGAGGAAACUGAAGGAGACCAGGAGGAGGUACACAAGAAGCUUAUUCCACAGUCACCCGGAGGAUUGCCCAUGGUACCACCCAGGACGAAAAGAAAAACAACCAGAGAAGAAGAACCUGAAGGUGACAGCCAAGUCCACGGCGCAGACCCCCAAAUAACAAAUGUAACAGAGAAGGGAGGAAAGGGAAAGAAACCAGAUCCAGUGAAGAAAGACCAAAAACUGGAAGACAAAAAACCAGAUCCAGUGAAGAAAGACCAAAAACCAGAUCCAGUGAAGAAAGAAAAAAAAACUGAUCCGGUGAAGAAAGACCAAAAACUGGAAGACAGGAAACCAGUGGGAAAGACCAUGAAAACCCUUGGGAAGAAAACAGUGGAAAAACCCACGGAGAAAAGUGUGAAAAAGGUUAAACCGGCGGUAAAUAAGACCAAAAAGGAGCCCAAAGUGGCCAAACCUAUGAAAAAAACGAAGAAACAGAAAAGUCCCAAACCCCAAAAAAAGAAAUAAAUUACCACAAUGGAUCCCUUCCUAAGGUUGUCUAUGGUGUCCAUGUGUGCCUUCUUUAUGUAUCAUGGACCCCGGGAUUGCUGGGAGUUGUAGUUUAGCAACAGCUGGAGGGCCACAGUUUGGAGACCACUGCUGUAGGGGAACCCAACAGAAAGUGUUCUACUCCACUUCAGUGCCCCCAACAGGGGAAACUAAGCAUUACAAUUCUUGACACUAAAAUGAAUGGGUUGUCUGUGUAAUGCAGGAACAUGAUGGGUGCGCCAAAGUAAGACACUCCUGGCAUUAGUUCUGGCUAAAGCAAUGUUCACAUGGCAGGAUAUCUGCCAAAUAUCACUCCAAAAAACACAGGCAGACAUUUCG